GGUAACUGCUAUAGCGACCAUAUGUGAAUCUACCACAUUCUUCGUAAAAAUAUAAUCAUUUAAUAACUAAGAAGAUGACAUUAAAAAAUUUUCCAAGAGGUGGAAAAAAAGUUCAGGAGAAGAAAUCAUCGGAUUCGUUAUUUAACAAACACGAGAAAGUCAGUAAAAGAAACCAUGGAAAAAAGGAAACAAAGAAACAAAAUGAAGAAGAGGCAAAUUUUAUUCCCAAUUCUGCAGAACGAUUAUCAUAUUCAACAAUAUCUGAAGGAUUAAUAUUGUUGGGAUGUAUUUUUGAAGUAACUGAGUAUGACUUAAUGAUAUCUUUACCAGGUGGCAUGAUAGGUCGUGCUCAAAUUACAGAUAUUAGCGAAUCUUAUACCAAUUUAUUGCAAAAUAUAGUGGAAUCAGUGGAUCCUCAAACAAAUGAAUUUAAACCCCUUCCAGAGUUAUAUUCCUGUGGGGAUUAUGUUGUAUGUUAUGUAAAAGCUAUACAACCACAAGAGAAAUGGCACAUUGCACUAUCUCUCGAACCCAAACUGAUAAAUCAAAAUUUAAAUAUAACUUAUUUAGAUAAUGGUUCAAAAAUAAUAUGUACUAUUAGUAGUACAGAAGAUCAUGGUUGUGUAGCAGAUAUAGGCUUAACAAAUGUAAGGGCAUUCAUAUCUACUAAGGAAAGUGAUACUGAAAGAUGUUUGUUUACAGGUAAACAGAUUCUAUGCUAUGUUAAAGAAGUUAAAAGUAGUGAAAGUACAUUAACAAUAUUAUUAUCUCCAAAACAGAAACUUGUCAAAGCUAUUCAUGAACAGGAAAUUAAAUCAUUGGAUAAUUUGAUGCCAGGCAUAAAGUUUAAUCUUUCUAUAAAAAAGGUUGUGUCUAAUGGUUUGUACGUUUCAUUAGGUGAAAAUUAUAUGGGAUAUAUAAAUCAACUGUAUCUAGACAAACCUUUGUCUAAAUAUUCAAGUGGACUAGAAAUUACUGCUACAUUAUUGUACAUUUUGCCAACCAUCAAGUUUGGAUAUUUCAGUUCAACAAUAGAUAGGUCUAGAGAUAGUACUAUUAAACCUGGAGAUGUCAUACAAGAAGCUAUUGCUUUAUUCAGGGAAUCUGGUGGAGUAGUAUUACAAUUAACUAAGAAUGGGGCACGAGGAUUUGUUUCUUUAAAAAGGACAAAUGUUGACUAUGAUCAAAUUAUUGAAAAAUUUGCAUCUGGUACUGUGCACAGAUGUAGAAUACUGUCAUAUAGCUGGAUGGAUGGAACUUACAUAUGUACAAUGGAGCAUUCAUUAUUAAAACAAAAGUACUUUUCACUUUCUGAUUUUAAACUGGGUGAUGUGGUAAAUGUAAAGAUUACAGAUAUUAAUAAUGAAACUGGCUUCAUUAAUGUACAAGUUGGUAAAUUUAGUGGACAGAUUGCACCAGACCAUGUAUCUGAUAUAGGUUUAAGUGCAUUAACAAAACUGAAAGUUGAUACAGAAGUAGAAGCAAGGGUCUUGUCUAUUCAUACUGAUCGAAAGAAAGUAUACUUCACUCUGAAGAAGUCUUUGAUAACAAGUGAUUUCCCUAUUUUAUCAAAAAUACAAGAUGCAAAAGUUGGAACAAAACAUCAUGGAACUAUUAUUCAGACGCAUAAAAGUGGAUUAUUGGUAAAGUUUUUUGGAGAUGCUAAAGGCUGGAUUCCUCAUAAUGCUCUUGAUGAGGAAACAUCUGACGUAAAUUGGAAUUAUUCUGUUGGGCAGACGAUUUUAGUAAAAAUUGAAUCAGUACAGAAAGAUUUGGGAAAAAUGAUUUUAAGUGUGGCUACUAAUGAUAUUAAAUCUGAAAACACAUUCAUCAUUGGUGAAAAAGUGGAAGGAACAAUAAUAGAAUCAUCUACUCAGGGGGUAUAUUUAAGAAUUAAUAAAAAUGAUGGACAAAAUGUUACUACAGGAUUUUUACCAGCUGGACAUAUGUCACCCUGUAUGGAAACUGCAACUUUACUAGCAUCAAAAUGUAUUCCUGGCGAUACACUAUCAGCUGUGAUAUUUGCUACAGUACCUAGUUUAAUUCUAACUAGGACUCUUUUACCUCAAGGAAAGUAUAAGAAUUUUGAAAAACUAAAAAUAGGAGACUGUAUACUUUGUUCAAUUAGAGAUAUUGAGCCAGAUGGUGUAAGAGUUAUUCUACCAGUUACAGGGUGUACACCUUUUAGUUAUGUGUCUUAUAGUAAUGUUAGUAAUUUUAAUCUGCUACACAUAAACCAAAUUUUAUUUGCAAAGAUAAUUUCUAUUAAUAAAAGAGAAAAACAAUUAGGAUUAACUUUGUUAUUGAAAAAGAUAUAUGAUGGUCUACCUGAUCCUAAGAGCAGGAUGAUGGCAGCAAUAAACAUUUUGACUCUGUAUUUUAAUAAAUUAACAGAAUUAGCGAAAAAUCCAUAUUAUGAAAAUAGACCAAUUUCGUCUGUAAAACUGGGACAGAGAGUUACAGGAAAGAUUGAAAAAAUUACAGUUAAUGGUCUGGUUGUUCAGUUGCAGAAUAAUUUGUUGGGUAUAGUAUCCAAAGAUCAUUAUUCUGGAGAUAGAAAAGUAGGAGACAAAAUUUCUGGUACCAUCAUGUGGAAAAAUUAUGUGCAUGAACUUGUUGAAUUGACUAUGUUGCCAUCAAUAAUGCAUAAAAUAAGUGUAAAACAAAGUAAGCAAAUACUAUUUAAUGAAACAAAACAGCAAAGGGGUCGAAUCUUAAUGGUAACAAAUUGGUUUAUUUUGAUACUUUUAAAAGGUAUUGGUAAAGGAAUUUUAGCUGCAAUGCCUGUUCGUCGACAUAUGAAUGAUAUACGAUUAGAUUUAACACCAUAUAGUGUUCAUUCAAAAAUCAAAUGCUAUGUAUUAUUAAAUUCUAAAGAAUCUAGUAUAAUGCCUAUCUGUAUGAUAAAGUCUGCAUUCGAAAAGAAAUAUUAUGUACAAAAAAAUUCAGUUGAUAAUAAUAAUUUGAAACGAAAGAAAAUCAUACAAGAGAAUGUAGUACCUGUUAAAAAGAUGAAAACUGAGAAGGUAACAUUGGAUAUAGAAGUUCCAAAGAAAAAAACACAAAGCAAAGUGAAGUCAGAUGGAAAUUUAGGAGAGAAAAAUUUGAGUAUAAUGCAUAUUAAACAGAAAAAAGGAAACGAGCUAAGAAAGAUUAAAGAAGAGAAUGUUACUGAUGAUGAUUUGAAAAAUAAAUGCAAUAGUAUUACUGGAUAUGAACAUAAUAAUGAGCUGUCAAGAGUAUCUGAAUGUGGAUUUUUCUGGGAUGACAAACCUGAUUUAGUUCUCCCUAAAAAUGAAGAAUCAUCCAGUGACAGUGAGAACGAAACAGAGCACAAAGUAAAACAAAAAAAGAAAAAAUUAAGCGCCGCUGAACGUCGAGAACAAGAAAGACAAAAAGAACGUGAGAUUCGUCAAAAAGAAGAAGCACUAGCUAGUAAUCAGUUACCAAAUUCUGUAGAUCAAUUUGACAGAUUAGUUUUGGCUAGUCCAGACAGUUCAAUAAUUUGGUUGCAAUACAUGGCAUAUCAUUUGCAAACAACAGAAAUUGAGAAAGCAAGAGCAGUUGCGAGAAGAGCUGUAAAGACAAUUAAUUUCAGAGAGGAAAAUGAAAAAUUAAAUAUUUGGAAUGCUUGGUUGAAUUUAGAAUCUAAAUUUGGAACACCUGAAUCAUUAAAUGAUGUUUUGCAAGAAGCAGUGAGGACAAAUGAUUCACUGAAGAUAUACACUCAUAUGUUGCUUGUGCAUAUCGAGGCUAGUAGACAGAUUGAAUUAGAAAAAACAAUUAAUAUCAUGAUUGGAAAGUUUAAGCAGAAUCCUCAAGUUUGGAUUUAUUGUGGGGAAGCACUGUUAAAAAUGGGAUUGAAAGAUAAAUCAAGGCACAUUAUGCAAAGAGCUCUACAGUCUUUACCGACAUCUGAACAUGUGAAUUUAAUGGUAAAAUUUGCGAUUAUGGAGAACAAAUUUGGUGACAAAGAGAGAGCACAAACUUUGUUUGAACAAAUUUUGAGUUCCUAUCCUAAGCGGGUUGAUAUAUGGUCUUGUUACGUUGAUUCCUUAGUUAAAUCUAAUGAUAUUGAAAUAGCAAGAAAAGUACUGGAAAGAGCUAUUGUUCAAAUAUUACAACCUAAAAAAAUGAAGACUCUGUUCAAAAAAUUUAUCAGCUUCGAAGAAGAGCAUGGUACUCGAGAAGAGGUAGCUCGUGUUCAACAGAUGGCCAUAGAAUAUGUAGAGAAACAAUGUAACAAAGAUGCUUAA